UCCUUUCGCAGCGGCCAACGGUACCACAUGUGCCGCUAACUUCUACGCACAAAAUAAACAUCAACAACGCGAGGAAACUUAACGUGCAGUGUGAUACGAUGCUGAUCUGUGAAUUUUAAAAGACCAAGUGACAUAGACGAACAGAAGGAUCGAGUGUAGUGUUCAUUAGCGCCCGAAGAUGCCGAAAAUCUUCCUAAUCAAGAAACGGCUGCAUGAGCAGCAACUAGGGUUGCAGGAGGGGCUGGAAUUGCUCGCUAGCAAGUCUGACCCACUGUGCCCUGGCUCUCCCCUCGAUGAUGGCCCCAUCGCACUCCUCUCCAAGAAGGAUAAGGAUUGUAUCGAACGAGAUGUGUUCGGCGAAAGCAAUGGAGCAAAAAUUCCAAAAGAACCUCGAUUUGUAUCUUCCAUACUGGGAGGUGACGUCCCAUAUGGUAGUCAUAGAGGACACGUUCUCACACAAGCAGAACGUAAACAGUACCUACCUGUCUUAGCGAAAGAAAAGAAAAAGGAAGACAAACCUCUUAUAAAAGAAGAAAAGGACACACUUGACAGUGAUCCAGUUGUGCUACCUUCUAGAAAUAGCCCAUCGCCAGAAUCAGCUCCCUCACCAGGCAUUGAUAACAGUGUUACAUGUCAAAAAGUGUCAGUUAUACAAAGAACACCAUCACAAUCACAGUUCCGUGAUGGAAAAAAAGAAGUUUCUGACGUUAGUAUUCCACAAACAUUACCUGCUACCGAACCAGAACAAGACCAACCUAUUGAUUACGUUAUUGCCAAAAAACGUGGUGAAUCAGAAGACGAAGAAACUGAAAAGAAAAUAAGAGAACAGAGGAGAACAAGCAGUUCAAAAAUCGCCAAUGGAAUUUUAGCGCGACCAACUUUAGUACUGCGUAAUCGUCCCAACAAAGUUCCAGGCAUUAUUACUGCUGCUGCUGGUCAUGGUAGAUCUACUGGAAACGCCGGUUCAAAUGGCAGUUCACAAAGUAGCGGUGGCUCAGGAAGUUUUAGUUCUGGUGGUGGUGGCACAGCACCCUCGUCUGGUGGGGGCGGAGCCAUCGGAGGUGGUUCUGGAAGUGGCGGAAAUGGACGAGACGGCCGUUCUAACUAUGGACCAAACAGCCCACCUACAGGCAGUCUUCCACCUUUCUACGAAACUUUGGGACCAUCUACAAAAGGCGGCCAAAAUUCAUUUAAUGCCAAUAGCAAUUUCUCUAAUGAAUUCAACAUAAUCAAUGGGUUCAAUAUGGAUUGUGAAAAUAAUGACAAUGCAACUAAUUUCCCAGAACAAAGUAAACAAUAUUCAUUAAUGCAAAAUGCUCACUAUGGACUAGCGCUAAAAGAUGAAGAAAUAGAUUAUGAAAGUAAAUUAGAAAACAUAGGCGCUAUCGGUAAUUAUGGAAAUAAUUUCGAUGAAUCAAUGGUAGUUGACAUGGGAGAAGAUGUCAUUGACAACUAUCAAUUUGCCAACACACUAACUUUUCCUGGACCAAACGAAGGUAUAUUAGGAAACCUUUCAGAUUCAGCAGAAGAUUUUGCUAGUUUACUAAAUAAUCAUGUAGAAUCAAUUACGGAUUCUGAUAUUAGAGAAUCAUCAUCUAUUACACCAGAUUCAGUACACAAUCCGGUAGAUAUUGAAUCACUAGCAGACCAAGUUAAUUUAAGUAGAUAUUAUGAAAAAGCUAACUACUUAGCAUUCGCCAGCCAAGAAAAUCAGGGUUCCUCGUACAAUUUCACUAAAGAUCGGCCAGAUUUAUUGAUGCAAUUGAAUCCAGCUCUUUUACAACACGGUGAAGGACAAAUGCAACAGCUACAAAUUCACGUGCAACUCCAGCAGAGACAACAGAUUCUGUCUCCCGGCUUCCCCUUCACUAGUCAUCCUUCGCUCGACCUGGACUCGCCGACGGGCACCUCACUGCCAUCACCCGGCGGCAACAACUCACUGGACGGGAGCAGUCACAUCGAGAACGCUUCACUCAGUCCAGCUGCUGCUGUAAGUCUCAAGAAAGCCUCUGCCGGCGAUGGCAAAAUUCAAAUCUUGCAACAAAGGUUGGGUCUACCAGCAGAACUUCCGUUGGAAUUUAUAAAUGGUGGACAUGGUGUGAAGAAUCCUUUGGCAACUGAAGCUAAUGCGAGACAAAGGGAAGAGGAGAAAAACAAACAAGUAUUAGUUAGCGAAGAUGAUCCCACGAAGUUUGUAUGCAGGGUCUGCUCCAAGAACUUCAGUUUACAGAGGCUCUUGAACCGACAUAUGAAAUGUCACUCAGACGUGAAGAGAUACUUAUGCACAUUCUGUGGCAAAGGGUUCAAUGACACCUUCGAUCUAAAAAGGCACACGAGGACGCACACUGGUGUGCGACCAUACAAAUGCAACCUCUGCGAGAAAUCGUUUACCCAAAGAUGCUCACUGGAGUCCCACUGCUUGAAAGUCCAUGGAGUCCAACACACCUACGCAUACAAAGAGAGGAGGACUAAGAUGUACGUUUGUGAAGAAUGCGGACACACAACAUCGGAGCCAGAGGAACAUUACAUGCACCUAAAGAAACAGCAUCCAUACUCACCUGCGUUACUGAAGUUCUACGACAAACGACACUUCAAGUUCACCAACGCGACGUUCGCAAACCAGCUCCUGGGACAGCUGCCAAUGCCAGUACACAACUAAAUACACAUAAAUGAUAAUUUCAUAACUGUUAUUACUAGUACUUGCAAACAUUAAAGACAUUUUUGUUGUGCUACGAAUGAAUAUUCUGUGGGCAUUUCACAUUAAAUAAUGCAAGCUACAACUACACACAACUUUGUCUGUAAUGGCUACAAGUGUCAACCAACAGGUACCAAUUAAGGUAUCGGAUUUUUUCAACAACAUGGUGAAAUUUAAAUGAAUAUGGCAUAAUAUUGUACUUAACACUACGAAUUUAUUCCGUCCGUUUUAUACGUAUACUUACAAUAUAUUUACUAAAAAACCCAGUUCUUAUUUUAGUUCAAUUUGAGCCUGCACACUCGAAAUUCCUCUUAGUUAUAUAAUCGAUUUUGUCUUCCAAGCUACUAUUGUAGACAUUCCGUGUUUUAAGAAAAUGCAUAUGUAUUUAACUUAUGUAUAAAACCACGGAACAGUAUCCAUGUUUUGUUCCAAUGAAAAAAUACCUUAAUUUUUUAACAGUCAAUGUGAAAUAAUCCACUGGCCUAUAGCUAGGCAUGACUGCAAUUAAAAAAUCAAAGUAUCGGGUAUUAUGUGCAAUCUUUGGUGAUGGUACGGGAUUAUGUUUAAGUUUCGUAUUAAGAUAGUUUUAAAUAGCUUUAGUCCGAUUGUCUCAUAGAAAUCGAUUGUAAGUUUCAUUUCAAACCAGCCAGGGUAGACAGGGGAGAUAUGAUAACAGAGGGGGAGUUACGUGGAUGGUGCUAGUUAUGAUAUUAAUGUUGCUGACUUGAAAUGAAGCGAUUAUGGAUCGGAUGACACUUCUUGUCCGACCCAUAAGCAAAUAUCAAAGCUUUUGCUUUGGUAUUAAAAUAAAUCCACGGUAAGGAAUCUCUUUCCUCGUUUUAGUGAUACUAGCUCCUAAUUAUUUCUCAAAUUAAUAACACAAAUUAUGUCACAAUUUUAAUUUGUAUUGUAACUAUAGAAAAAUGUUAUGUUUGUUUUUUGUUUUGUACUUUAAUAAAGUCCAAAUUUAUUAAAUUCGAUGGGGGCGCCCUGAGGCGGCGCCCGACAUGUCGUACCAAGUUGAACUGCAUUUCUAGAAGUAUUUAUAUUAUUUAAAUUAAAAUAUUGAUCGGUUACAGUUUGUGCUGUGAGUGUGUGUGAGAAUUAUGUAUUGUGUAAAUGUGUUAUUUAAUGCGUCAAUUGUUAUAAUUUUAAUUAGACAUCAAGAUGGACUUGAUGAAGCGCUUCCGAGUUUUGAAAGAGGGUAUAAAAAGACUAUGAUGCUCAAUUGAUACAUUUGCGCUUUCACAGCGAAGCUUGUGGAUAAAUUAUGUACUUAAAGAAUUGUAAAUAUGUCUAAAUUUAGAAGAUAGUAGUAAAAUUUGAGAAAGUAAUAUGCAUAAUUAUGUUAGUAGUACCUACUUAGCAUUUAUGAGAUUUUUAAAAGAUAAUUGUUAAAGUAUUUUGUACAAUUCGGCAAGAUGGAAUAGAUCUGAACAUUUAUAUUGGCUUAUCAUUGGUCGGUGCAUCGACGGCGGUCUGUAACAAUUGUGAUAGCGCAAUGCCUUCGUUAAACAUACUUGUCUGUUGCAUUUAUUAGCAUUUUGAUACAAUUUCAAACUGUAUUUUAAGAAACAAACAAUUUGUUACUCUGUAUUGAUAAGCAAUAUAUCAUCAAUAAAA